AUGGAGCAAUUGCUUCAUAGGGUGCCCAGUUUAGGCAAUGCUGUGUUGGAUAGGCUUUGUAAUGGUCCUGAGGCUUUUAGUCCGGACUGCAAGUGGAUUGUAGGAGAAACCCCGGAGAUCAGAAAUUACCUGGUAGCUGCAGGGAUGAAAACUAUCGGUAUCGCGGCAGCUGGUGGGGUUGGAAAAGCUACUGCAGAGCUUAUAGUAACUGGCGACACUGACUUUGAUAUGUACGAAUUAGAGGUGUCUAGAUUCUUAGGUCUCCAUAAUAAUAGAAAGUUCCUAAGGGACAGAGUAAGAGAGGUUCCAGGACUGCACUAUGGAAUUAUGUACCCGUUUCACGAGUUCCAGACAAAUACAGAAAAUCCACACGAUUGGUGUACUCCAUAUCGGAUGGCUUAUACAAACACAUUCGCAAAACCACCCUGGUUUGACUGCGUGGCUAAAGAGUAUGAAGCUUGUAGAGAACGAGUGGGGUUGGCAGAUUAUUCUUCGUUUACAAAAAUCGAUCUAUGGUCUGAAGGUAACGAGGUAGUUGACGCCCUCCAGUAUGUCUGUUCGAACGACGUAGAUGUCCCAGUUGGCAGUAUCAUUCAUACAGGGAUGCAGAAUAAACAUGGAGGUUACGAGAAUGAUUGUUCAUUAGCCAGAUUAGCUGAAAAUCAGCAAGACCCGGCACUAGCAAGAAAGUGACAGGAAGAAACAUCUGUUUUGUUAGUGCGCGUGUGUCUGAUCAAUAUGUCUGUUGCAUCUUGCUGACUGCAAAACGGAUAUUACUGCCUGAAG